AUGGCUCCCAUGCGUCAAAUCGGACCAAUGUCCUUUGCUGGGGCCGAGGUCGAAGAGUCCUCGGCCCCACCCAUUCACUACGGUGAUCAGAUCAUUCUCUACGAUGGCAAAACCGGCGGCUUUGUCUUCAACGAAAUCUCGAGCACAGCACACGGACAUCUCUCUGUCAACAUCAAUGCCACCCGCCAAGAGCCCAACCUGGGCAAUGUUAAGUCUGCUGUUUUUGAGGUCUUGCCUCAAGUCAAAUACAAGUUUGCCAAGCACCUGCGCAAGCUCAUUGCCAAGUUCCGCCAAAAAUCCGAGCUGAGCAUCACUUAUGAGCAAGCGCUGGAUCGCGCUGGAAACAUGGCUCAGGAGCUGCAGCGCCUCAAGCGACUCGCUGAAGCUGAAAACUCGGACAACGCUGGUGAAAUCGAUCGUCGUCGAGGCGAUCCUGUUACCUACGGCCAAGUUGUUUUGCUCAAGCACGCCUUCUCCAAUCGUUUCGUGGCCGCUUCCGCCACCGAAACCUCUCGUCGCGAAACGAGCAACAUGAAAGCCGAUGUCAAUGCUUACGCAACACGCAACUGCUUUUUCCGCGUCAUGCCACGCUUCAAGGUUCGCGCAGAAGGUGAUCCGGUCCGCGUUGGCGACCAGAUCGUCUUCGAGUCUCUUAAGACUCGUGGCCAAUUUCUGCAUACCAGCCUCAGUGUGCACCCCGAGUCCGAACCCGAUGAAGGCUGCUAUGAAGUCAACAUUUCCGUCUCACAGACGGCUUACAGUGUGGUUGCACACGCCUCACACACGGACACCCUGACGACCGAUCUGCGAGCCGGCACCGUCAUCCAGCUCUUUCAUAAAGAGACUUCGGCCUACGUGUGUGCCGAGGGGUUGUACACAACCAUCGGCAUCACCGAGGACGUCCACCUUCGUCGCCGCCCCGUCAACAUUCGCCGAGCGCGCACCUUGCUACCCCCAACCUCUGGUGUUGGCUAUUGGCAAAUUGAAGAUGCCGAUCGCCCCCUCAGCGGUGAACGCUUGGCCUGGGAUGCCGCGAUUCGCAUUCGCCACCUUGGCACCCGGCGUUACCUUAGCAAGGAUCAAGCCGGCAAUCUCACGUUGACACCGGACAUUACGGACGAAUCAACCGUCUUUCAGAUCAUCCCCGUGAUUCGCAGCUCAGAUAUGGUUCCCAUUGACUCCUAUGCCCGCAUUAAGCACAAAGCCACAGGCACUUGGCUUCACGCCAGUGACACUGAGUACCGGCGCAAGGCGCGGUCAAUCAAGCAACCCUCGACCGAUAUUGUCAGCCAAGGCCUGAUCGAUCGCACUUCGGCCAUCACAUGGGACGGCGCUACACUGGCUGAAUUGCAAUUGUCAGAACGACGACUCUUUGACGACGCCUUUAUCAUUCGCACCGUGCCCGCCGACCGCGAGUACAACUGCAAUUUUGUUCUUGGCAUGGCGCCUUUGAUCGAUUGGUAUGCCAAGAUGCGCUUGCAGACCGACGUAGGCGUCAUUGAGGCGGACCCAUUUAUCAAUGCACUGCGCGAGCUGUCAGCCUUUAUGUUCGACAAGGGCGCACGAGUUCGCGUGCGACAGAAAUUGCUUCGCAACUUUGCCAUCAUCGAGCUUCUGAUCAAAGUCUUGAAGAGCCCCUUCGAUACAUUCAACACGAGCUCGUCCGCCAUCACCUUGGAGGCUCUCAAUGAUCAAGCCAAUGCGACUACUUUGAGCGUCAUGGAUGCUGCUUACGGCGUGAUCCAAGCUUAUUUAACGGGAGAGUCACGCAAAAAUGAGCUGUACCUUGCGCGCCACAUUCCGUUUUUCCAGUCGCAAGUUGGCGCGCGUCUUCGCGUCGAGGCCAUGUACACCGAGCUUGUCCUGGACAACACCAUGCUGGUUCGCGCCAUUGGCAAACCAGAGAUCAGCCGCUUCGUGACCUUGUUGGUCAACGACAAGAAUCCUGAUUACCUAGACUUUCUGGGCGCGCUCUGCGAAUGCGACGGUGGUCCUCUUGCUGACAAUCAAAGUAUCAUCUGCGACAUGUUGCUCAAGGACAAAAGAACGGUGUACCUCACCGAGCUGAUGGAUGAGCAAGAUCGGGUCAAAGUCAGCCUCGAUGCCGGCCGCAGAUGGCAGCCGCUGGACCAGUUUGCCCUCUCUGGUAUGGACGAGGACGAUUCGACUUCGUCACAGUCAUUCCUCUUUUUGCAGAAACAAUUGGAGCUUUUUGGCAAGUUAUGCUCAGGCCGCAACGAGCAUUGUCGCAACGUCAUUGUCAACGAACUCAAGUAUCUCACCUUUGAGGAGUGCUUCACUUGCGUUAAAUCGGAGCGCAUUCCCAAGUCGCUGCGUGCUCGCUACGUCAAGCUCUUGGCCAAUCUGUUCGUUGACAUUGACCAGAACCGGGAUCUCUUGGAGAUUGUUACAACCGCGUACAAAUGGUCUUCACUCUCAGCCAACCCCUUCCGGGACGCGGCGGAAGAUCGAUCAGUCAGCAUUUCGGGUGCACGCUUUCCUGAGUUCAAGGUUAUCUCAGACUGGAUCAUCAAGUAUCUGGGUGCACAGGAGGCAGUGGUGCAAAUCGAUCGUGCCAACAACCGCCUCUUGGCUGAGGUGCUGAGCUUGGUCGAGCUCCUCGUGUCGUUUGGCUACUACGUAGCCCCAGACGACAUUCGCAUGUUGAUGAAGCCGCUCCGAUCAGUCGCAGAUGGCCUUAACGACAAACCCAACACUACUGAGAGCAACGAUAACCAAGAGUGGAAGUUCAAUGGACGCUACGAACGCAGUGGAGACAAUGCUGUUGUGGCCAAGGUCAAACAGAGCGCACUGCGUGUCAUCGAUGUAUUGCUCAACUUGACAUUUAGCGUGCGCCUCCAGCACUUGUUGACCGAUUUCAAGUACUAUAAGCAGCUCAAUGUGGAUCCCGAUAAGACCAAGCAAACGAUGAGCCGUAAAGUGAAGUCGGUGAUGGACAGCGGGACCGCAGGCCCAUUCUUCACCAUGUUUCAACAGCUCAUGAGUGCCGAGACCGAUGAUCAGCUGUUUGCUUUGACGGAUACAGUGCGCAAGUACAUCAAAGAGAUGUGCAAGGCCUCGGACUGGCUUACAAAUGGCUGGGAACCUGCCGAAACGCACCGCAACGAGUUGGUCGACGUUUUGAUGGAUCUUGGCCAUUACGAAUACCCCGAGCUGCUGACCACAGCCAUGAACAUUUGCAAUCGCCUCUUUAUGAGUCGUGAUGAUCUUUUCAACCUUGCCGUACAAACUCAGGUGCUGACCCAUCCCGACUCACUGCAGUUGCAGCAGCUACUGGACGAAACCGUUCAUGUAUUGCGCCGCCAAGCAACCGGAUUCAUUGAGCGUCACGAGUCCGAGAGUUUCCUGUCCAGCCUGAAGGAGCUGACACAAAAAUGCUACUUGUCGCCUGAUGAUGAAAGCAGCCCUCCUCACGACAUCAAUCAAAAGAUCAUCUACAACUCAGGCAUCCUUCAUGUGGUUUUUGACGUGUUGGCUCGGCACCACGAGGGCUCUGGGCAGCCCAUUGAAGUGGUUCAGCACUGCUUUUACUUUUUACGUGCCUUAGCCCGAGGCUUUCCCGAAGUUCAAGAGGCCAUGUUCCAUGAGUUUGAUACGCUCGUCGGCAUCGACAUUGAGAUCAACGGCUGGCAGGACAGCAUGGCCUAUGCCAUGACCGAAGUGUUCACCGGCAACCGCAAGAUCUGCCUCGCCGUGCGCGCACGUCAUGUGGCCAGCAUCAUUGAGCUGCUCCAGCGCAGUUCAACGGAAGUGCCAAAUAUUUUGAAAUUGCUUGAGGCAAUCACGAAGGUGGAGGAGCUCAACUUGCCUUUGAAGAACAAUCAAUCCACCGUCGUCAAAUUCUUGAUGGAACAUCGACAAGAAAUCAUCGCCCCGGCCUUGAUUGACGACGAGGGCAAUUACGAGCUCAAUCAGAAGCGCCUGGCUCUGCUGCGCUCCCAGUUUAGUGCUGCUGAACAGAAGGAUCGCACCUACCAUUGCAACUUGGUCUCGUUGCUGGCCGCGUGCGCUGAGGGCGAGAACAAAUACAUCGAGUCCAUGUGUCAGACCAUCUUCUCCAUCGACGAAAUUCUGGAGGUGCUCAAGGAUGACAUCAUGGAUGAUUUGGUCAAGUCGAGUUAUGUCCGCUUUUUCCACUGGGUGUACUUGAACACGGGCGAGGCGAGCGCCGCUCUGGUGGCUGCUCGUGUGCCGACCAAUCUCAACGUGUGGCAAGCAAUGAAGGUGCUCACUGCGGCCCCUUGCUUCAAGACGACUGACUACCUGAAGCCCGAGGAAUACGAUUUUACGCUUCAUGGGGUGGUGCCCAUGCUUUACAAGUUGAUGCAAGACUAUUACACCACGGAUACGUCUCCAGAGAUUCGCAACUGUGCAGCCGAGUUUGCUCGCAGCCUCAGCACCUUUGCAGAGAAUCACCUUGGCAAACUUGGCGACCACAACGAUGUCAAGGUGCUUGCGUCCUGUGUCAUGGCCGUGGCUGCCAAAGAGCCCUCACACAUUCGACAACCGCUUCUGGACCGCAUUGCUGAUAAGUUGGAGAAAAUUGAUGCGGGCAUCAAUGAUGUCCCCAUCAUUGCAAAGUAUCGGUCCCGCUACGCCGAGGAACUCGAGCUCAAUCACGAGUUUAAUAUUUUUGCCCUCCGUCUGCAGCGCUCAUACAGUGGUGUAAACACCAUUCGCCAACAAUUGCCACACGCCAAUGUUUCGCCCGAACUGGCCCGCGAGGCGUACUGCGAGGACGAGGAAGAAGAUGAGGCGCUUCCGCUCUCUCCCGAGUUCCAAAACCAAUUGUUGCUCUUCCAGCGCGAUCAUCGCCAAGAGCCAUUGCGAUGCAACGAGAACGUGAAGGUUUUGAUCCGAGCGCUAAACGAGGACAGUGAGGACACGCAAGGACCUCCGAACAGCUUUCUCGAGUCGCGACGCGUUGUGCAGCUGCGCCGCUCGCUGCAGCUCAUUCGUGGCAUCAUCCACAAUGCUCUGCGAAUGGACAAGGACCCGGAAGAGCUGCAGAAUGACCUCUCAGAUGCCAUCCUGCCCGUGAUGAAUCUUAUGCAGCAUCGGGACAACGAGGUCGUUCGCGAGGUUUUGGCGUGCAUGGUGGCUUUGCUGACCAAUGGUCACCGCGUGGUACAAGGGCAAAUCGAGAAUUACUUCUUGAACACACGAGAGGAGCUGUUUUUCGAAAUAACGCAAGCGCGUAUUCGAGCAUCCAUCGAAAGCUUGAGCGAGCUUCGCUCACUCAAGCGUCAGGCCCAAGAAGAGGCGGCUCGCCGAGCCAAGCUCCUGGGCACCAUGACCAUGGCAAAGCAACUGCAUGCGUCGCCAACCGCUGAGACCGCCUUUGGUACCAGUAAGGGCGGAGUGCGUGCUGGCACCCGCGGAGCUGGCACACGUGGCAAGGUCUGUGUUGGAUUACUCACCCCCGCAUUUUUUUUUCUUGUGUGUGUGUGUGUGUGUGUGUGUGUGUGUGUGUGUGUGUGUGUGUGUGUGUGUGUGUGUGUGCGUGUGUGUGUGUGUGUGUGUGUGUGUGUGUGUGUGUGUGUGUGUGUGUGUGCGUGCAGCCGUGCUGGCACUGUCAAGACAGGCACAGCUCGGGACAAGGCGCGCACGGCGGUCGAAGAUGAGUAUUUGAUCGAAGACUCAGAGGAUGGCAUCGACGUGCGGGACGAUGGUAACAUUGAGCUGGUGUUGCGCGUUCUUCAGUACAUGUGUGAAGGCUUUAACAUGCAGCUGAAGGCCUAUCUGCAUCAUCAACCCGACAACAUUCGCUCCAUUGACAUCAUCACUGAAACGUCCGAGUUUUUCGGUUCUAUUAUCGAGCAGAUCACGGCAAACAGCAUUGAGCUCGUCACCCAGACCGUGGAGACGCUGGUAGAAUUUGCUCAAGGCUCAUCCGUGAAUCAGAUGGCGAUCUUCAACGCCCACAUUGUCGACUACCUCAACGCAUUGCUGCGCACUUCAAAGCUACCCGGCUGCAAUCCUCUGCAGGUGGCCACCUUGAUGCUGUCGUGCACGCGACUAGUCUUGUCGCUGCUCGAGAACAAUGACAUACGAACUGGCACCAUGGCCAAGCAACUUGAAGCUACUUUAGACUUGCGUAAAGUGACGGAAAUGCUCUUCGAGUACUAUAAACUUCACAAGACGGAGACUGACGAGCAAUGGGAAAUUUUUGUCAAGGACAGCGAUGAUGUGAGCGAGAUGACCCGAGCCGUCGAAGUAGGGUUUUCCUUCUUUGAAAUCCUGAAGCGCCUAUCGGACUUUACCGGCGUGGAGUACUGGUAUGAUCCAAAGUACUGGGAUCACGCCCAUGAGCUGCAGCGUGAUGUGUAUGGACGUAUUGAGAAUGAGGGUGUCAAUUUUUUCCUCAAGCGAUGCCGCUCUGUGGAGAUUUUUCGGGAUGACGGCGUUCACCGCGUGCACUUUUUCAACAAGUGGCCCGGCCAGCUGGGUGAUGAUAUCAAGGAGAAGCUUGUGUGGUCGGUCGACCGCAGCUCGCCGGCUGAUAAGAUUCGCGACUUUGUGGAGAAGCUCAAUGUGGUGAUUGCCGAUACCCGCUACCGAGCCAGCGUCGCCCGUGGCUGGCUUGUGCCCUUUUUGAUUAACCACCGUGUCGCCUGGUCUCGAGGCCUGCUGCUCUUUACCAUUGCACUGAAUGUCUGCAUUCUGGUGGCCUGGGAUGCCCCCAGCCGCAACAGCCAGAAUGACUAUGUCAUCAAGCCCAGCCUCUCCGACGCUCCUUGGUUUGACACGACGCUUUGGGCUCUGGGUGCCUUUCACCUUUUCUUUGCCUUAAUGACCGUCAUGGCUUAUUUUUCCAUCAACGUUCCCUCACUUUUUUACACCCUCUUGCCGGUGUCCAAUCUGGUGUGCCGCAUCCUGCGCUGGUUCAUUGGAGAAACCUAUGCGCAAUGGAUUCGCGAGCAACUCGAGCCCUACAACCCGACCAACCGCACUCUGACUUCGCUCUUCUCGCCCAUGCCGUUCUACCAUCUCAUGCUCCUCGGCUUUUCAAUUGCUGGCUUGUUGACCGAGGGCUACUUCUACCCAUUUCACCUCCUGCACGUCGUGGUGGGCAACGACAUCUUGCUACGCGUGAUUGAGGCUGUCACCAAGAAUGGCAUGUCGCUGCUCAACGUGGCGAUGCUGUUGUGCAUCAUCAUUUACAUCUACUCCUUCAUCAGCUUUGCCUUUUUGCGAGAGGAGUUUGAUCAAGGCGACGGCUACUGGUGUGGCAGCCUUCGCGAGUGCUUUGUCACUUCGCUCAAAUGGGGUCUACUCAAUGGUGGUGGCCUUGGCGAGGGUCUCAUUCCUGAAGAUGAGGAUUUUGAGCGCUAUGUGGGCCGCGCAGUUUUUGAUCUGUCCUUCUUCAUUCUGAUUACCAUUGUGGGUCUGAACUUGGUCUUCGGUAUCAUUUUGGACACCUUUUCUGAACUUCGAGACGAACGCUACCAGAUUCAAGAAGCCAUGGACGGCGAAUGCUUCAUCUGCAGCCGCAAGAGCUAUGAUUUUGAACGCUUCGGCAAUGGCUUCCACCAUCACAUUAAGCACGAGCACAACAUGUGGAGCUACUUGCUCUUCCUUCUCCACCUCCGCGAGAAGGACGCCAACGAUUAUACGUCCCAUGAGUACUAUGUCAGCGAGCUGCUGCGUCGUAAUGAGGACGUGCAGUUCUUCCCCAUCAACCGUGCCCUCUCGUUGAGCAAGACAGAUGAGCAAGACGAUGUGGCCGAUACGCUUGUUGCCUACCGUCGCCUGCUCACGGACAUGGACGACCGCAUGACCAUGCUGACUCACCUGGUGCAAGACGUUGCGGCUCGCAUUUAA